AUGGAUGUAACUGUCGCACCUUGGGAGAUUGAAAGCAUGUGGCAGGAUUUAUUUGACUUUUAUAGACAACUUGACAUGGCUUUGCUGAUCUCAGGAAUUCUGGAAUUCAUCAUUUCCCUGCUGGGGCUGGCAGGAAAUGCUGUAGUGCUCUGGCUCCUGGCUUUCCACAUGAAGAGGAAUGCUUUCUCUGUCUAUAUCCUCAACUUGGCAGGAGCUGAUUUUGUCUGUCUAUGCACCCACAUGGUAUCCUCCAUAAUGCAUUUGAUCAGAUAUAGUGAAAUAUACCCCAGAAACCUCUUAAUAGUUUUUUUCCUAGCAUUUGUUUUUCCCUAUAUUGCAAGCCUGAAUAUUCUCACUGCAAUUAACACUGAGCACUGCCUGUCUGUCCUAACGCCCAUCUGGUAUCGUUGCCACCGCCCAAAACACAUGUCAUCUGUCAUGUGUGCCCUGCUCUGGGUGCUGUCCCUGAUCCUGACCAUUCUGAGAAUGCAGAUCUGUGGUUUGCUGUUUGGAGAAUAUGAUGAGUAUUUGUGUAGACUAAUUGAUUUCAGCAUUGUUGCUUGGCUGUCUUUCUCCUUUGUGCUUGGGUUUGGGUCCAGCCUGGGGCUGCUGGCCAGAUUGCUGUGUGGCUCCCAGAAGAUAAAGCUGACCAGGCUGUAUGUGACCAUCGGGGUCACAGUGCUGGUCUUCCUCCUCUGUGGCCUGCCCUGGGGAAUCAGUUAUUUUCUCUCACACUGGAUGACAACUGUUUCUUACAGGGACAUUGCUAUAGUACUUGUAGUGACAAAUGUAUUAGCCUGUGUCAACAGCUGUGCCAAUCCCAUCAUUUACUUCUUUGUUGGCUCUUAUAGGCAGCAGAGAAGACAGCAAAGAAGGAGCCUCAAACUAAUUCUGCAGAGAGCUUUGCAGGAUGUUCCUGGGGAGUAUGUAAAUCAAGGCAGCCCUCCUCAGGAGACUUUGAAGAAGUCAGGAAAUACUAAUAUGGCCUAA